UUCCCAAGGCCCCAUGAUCUCUUCCUGGACCUCUUCCCCCCUUUGAGAUGGCAAGAAAGUAAAAGAAGAGAAAGGAAAGUAUAAUAAUAAAAAAGCCUAGAAACUUUUAAAGUAAGGGAAAAAAAAUCAAAGUCACCUCUAAAUUGUGACUGGCUUGGAUAGACGUAGUAGUACUCAGUGCAAACCAGCUAAUGAGAGAGAGAGAGAGGUUGAGAAAGAGAUAUAAAGAGAGCCCUGUCUUAGGCGCAAAUCAAGGAGGGCAACCAUGGACUGUACAACUGCUCCUGAUGAUUGUGGUGAUGGAAGCUCUUGCGUUUAAAUCAUUCAAAUAUUCAAAGCUUAUUCCCCCACCCCCACACCUCUUCAAAAGCUUUACUUUGCUCCCAAAACUUGAAAGAGCUUGAUUACCCUUCAGCUUAACAAGCCCUUAUACAAAGCUUCCAGGGACAUUGAAUAUUCACUCCCAUCUCAUCACGAUCACCUCCUCUCUCAUUUUUCUCUCUCUGUCUUUUUCUCUCUUUCGAUGGUUUGCUAAAGAGCAGAAACCAUGAUUCCAGCAUGCUUCAGCCACCCUAACACACUAUCAAGCAGCUCUCAAUUGCCUCAAAACCUCAUCACCUGCAUUUAUCAAACCCAACUAUGCAACUCUCCCACAUAUCUCACGCUUACAUGGUCCAAAACCCUCUUCUCCCAUUCCUUAACAAUCUAUGCUGCUGACUCCUUCUCCAUCACCAUUUCCCUCUACCCGUCGACCUUCUCCUUCUUCAGAAACCGACCAGGCUCCAAAUCCAUCUAUUUAACCCACCAUCAUUACCAAAGAAUCAAGCUAUACUGGGACUUUACCAGGGCUGACUUUGCUGAAAACUCGGCUGAGCCAGAGUCUUGCUUCUACAUUGCCAUUUCAUGCAAUGCCAGGCUAGAAUUCUUUCUUGGCGAUCUCCAGGAAGAAUUGAAAAGGCGUUCUGGACUGGUCAUGGCUCGCCAAGUACUCCCCGAGCCAACACUCUUGUCCAGGAGGGAACAUGUCUUUGGCCGCAGGAGUUACAUUUCAAGAGCUAAGUUCUUGGGGUCCAAACAUGAAAUAGGCAUAGAAUGUAGCGGUGGUGUUCUCAAGGUAAAAGUUGAUGGCGAAACAAGCCUUGUUAUAAAAAGAUUGGCCUGGAAAUUUAGAGGGAAUGAAAGAAUCUAUGUCAAUGGAAUUGAAGUGGAAUUCUUUUGGGAUGUGUUCAAUUGGGUCAGUAGCGACAACAAUAGUAACACCAAUGGUCAUGGUGUGUUUAUUUUCCAAGUUGGUGAUGGUGGUGUGUGGCCUGAAAUGGUAGGGCCAGAGAAGAGGUUGAUGAGGAAGAGCUUGUCAUCGGUGGCAGGGUCGGCACCGAAGAUGCCAUCGACGACAUUGUCACCGUCUCCGUCGUGCUCAAGUGUGCUGCAAUGGGCGGAGGAGAGCAGUGAUGGUGGGAGAAGUUCAUGCUCUUCAUCUACUAGGUCAUAUGGGAGCAAUGGAGGAUUCUCUUUGUUGUUGUAUGCUUGGAAUAAGGAUUGAAUUGAACACUAAUUUUAAUUUCAAUGCAAAAUGUUAUGUUAAAUUGUGAAAAUUGAUUGAUUUUUAAUUAUGUG